ACGUUUCCAAGAAGGAAUUGGGGCCUUAUAUUUUGAGCAGAUAAGGUUCCAAUUCCAACUUCCUGCUUUCUCCACGCAUUAUCGUCUCUUACGGAGAAAUGGCAGAAGCUGGGCACCUUGUAGCAGCUGGAAAUGUCAACUCCAUUUCAAGUUCAUUCAAUAAGGCUGCUGCACCCAAAUUUGCAACUCAAGCAUUCAAAAUCAAAGCUUCUUCAAAGAGAAAUGAUAUCUCCUUGAGAAGAAGCAGCAAACCUCCACGGCGUCUGAUCACAAUAUCAACAGCAGGAAGCAUGUGGCAGGGGAAAUGGAGCUAUGAUUACCUGCUUUCCCUGCAAGACUUCAACUUAGAAGACUUAGUAGAAGAUGAACACAAAAACGCACACGUUUUCAUCAAUCUCUGCAUUGAGAAGCACGCAAGUUUCGGGUUUACCGUGGAUGGAAAGAUCAACACAUCCUUCACUCGAAAGUGCUGUACCUGUUCUUCACCAUACUGCAGAGAGAUCAAUGCAAAUUUUAAUGUACUUGUUCUGUCAUCAAACAGAGCCAAACGGGAGACUACUCUUCCAGACAUUGGAGGAGAUGAUCCAUCGGUGAUCUACGUUAAACCUGGACUUGAAGCUGAUCUAGAUUCAUUGGUACGUGACACAAUUAGGCUUACCACCUCAACAAAGGACACUUGCUCAGAGUUGUGUGAGAAAUCUCAACCCUCAGUGCAAUGUAAGUGGUCUUCAUGUCAUUCAAGCUUUCACACGCAAUCAAAAGUUGGGACUAACAGAGAAAUGUUAAUUGCAGAUAUUGGAGCACAGAAUGCUGCGUCUAUAGACAAGAGGUGGUCUAGGCUUCUGGAGCUUAGAAAGUCUCAUUCAUAGAUAACAAACAAUAUAUAGUACAUAUUUUGAUGGUUGUUCACAAGGCUUUUAUAACAUGAUUGCCCAUUGGUAAAAUUAAAUUAUUUAUCAUGGUUUCUAAGCCAA